AUGCCAACAACAAAAAGCCAUUUCUAUGCAUGUUUGUGGAAGGGAACGUCAAGAAAUAUUAAAAUGCAAAUGACCUUUCAGUUUCCAGCGAAAUAUAAUAUCCUCUAA